AGGCUCAUGACUGAACCUACCUCCAACUUAACUCCACCCCCAACCACCAUGGCGGUUCCCCAUAAUAAAUCCCCUUUGUAUGAGCAUGGCUCUUCCACACUAGUUCUAGACAGACAUCUCAGACGGAGUUCCACAAUUUCAUUUGGCAAGCCAGCAAUGGGAACAGAGAUGGUCAUGGUAGAUGAGAUCCCUUUUCCUCCUGAGAUCACAACAUCCAAGCCCUUGGCAUUGCUUGGGCAUGGCAUCACAGACAUUGAAAUUCACUUCCUGCAGAUAAAGUUCAAUGCUAUUGGAGUGUAUCUCGAUCCAGCUGAAAUUGUGACUUCUCUUCAGCCUUGGAAAGGCAAAUCCAGUGGCGAGCUCUCCGCUGAUGACUCUUUCUUUGAUGCCCUGAUCGCAGCAAAAGCGGAGACAUUUCUGAGGAUCGUGGUUAUAAAGGAGCUGAAGGGAUCACAGUAUGGUGUUCAAUUGGAGAGCGCAGUGAGGGAUCGAUUGGCAGCAAUUGACAAGUAUGAAGAGGAGGAAGAAGAAGCCCUGGAGAAAGUUAUCGAGUUUUUCCAGGGAAAAUAUCUCAAGAAACACUCAGUCAUCACCUACCUUUUCCCUUCCUCAUCCAACACUGCAGAGAUCGGGUUUUCAACCGAGGGGAAAGAGGAAGCGAAGUUUCAAGUGGAAAAUGAAAAUGUGGCAGGGAUGCUCAAAGCCUGGUACUUGGGAGGGAGCAGGGCAGUUUCUGCAACAACUGUAGCUUCCCUGGCCGAUGGCUUGGCAGCACAUUUAUCUCGCUAAAGAUGUUGGUUCCUCUCUGCUUUUGCUGUUGUGGCUACCGGCCAUUCUGAACUCUGCGCCACUAUGUUUUGCCCUUUAUCAGACCUAGACGUGAGUUUGCAUUUUGUGGGUAUAAAUUAGUCUUUUCUGCCUCUGCUAAUACGAGGAAUCAA